UCAGCCUCCUCCCGCCUGGCUGGCGCCGGAUCCGCGAGCAGCAGUGUCCACCUCAACGUAGUUGGCCGAGGCGGUAUCCAGAUUCUGGGGGUCUCGCUCCUUGGCAUAGUGGUCGCUUAACUCCAGCGCCUUCCCAGUGCCUCCCAAGCCUCUCCUCCUCCUGCCCGGGGCUGUUAUAGGAGGAGCCUAAAUGUCCGCUUCCCCAGCUGAAGGGGAUUGUGGUGCGUAAACAGGAUUAACUCCCUCGCCCCCAGCUGCGCGGAUGUGCGCGGCGGCCUGCGGGCCAGAGCGAGCCUUCGGGUGCGCGGAGGGCGCCGCACUGGAGCGGGGGAUGGGGAAGCGCGCGGCCUUGGAGCCGUUUCUUGGGCCCGCUUCCUCGCCGAGUGGGGAGGGGGGCCACAGCCUAAGGAGCUGCUCCUCAAAAGCCCGGGCGGACGGCGGCGACGGCGCGGGUUCCUAGCGGCAGCCUCAGCUCCACCACCUCCCUCACCCUCCCCGCGCUUCCUCUCCGCCCCUCGCGCUCCAGCCACUCGGCCGCAGCCCGCGCUGUCCUCCGCCCCCCGGAGCCGCCGCGCCAGACCCUCGCCCAGACAUGGGGGACCUGCCGGGCCUCGUGCGCCUCUCCAUCGCGCUGCGCAUCCAGCCCAAUGACGGCCCGGUCUUUUACAAGGUGGACGGGCAGCGCUUCGGCCAGAACCGCACCAUCAAGCUGCUCACCGGCUCCUCCUACAAGGUUGAGGUGAAGAUUAAGCCCAGCACGCUGCAGGUCGAGAAUAUUUCCAUUGGCGGUGUUCUUGUCCCACUGGAACUGAAAUCUAAAGAGCCUGAUGGGGACAGAGUUGUUUAUACGGGUACAUAUGACACAGAAGGUGUGACCCCAACCAAGAGUGGAGAACGGCAACCCAUCCAGAUCACCAUGCCGGAGUGCCUGGAACAACAACCCCAAGAGAUCUCUCUUACAUGUGAAUGUGAAGAAUAAGCACAUUCUUCAAUGUGUGCCAUCAUGAGGAACAAAUGUUCUUUUUUUUUUUUUUUCCAAAUUAUUUGCUUUGCAUUCUAGGGGAGGGCUUCUCAAAGGCCAUCAGAAUUAUUGGGGAUGCUUGUUAAAAUGUAGAUUCCUAAACUCUACCUUUUUAGACCUGUUAAAUUGAGCAAACUCUCUGAGAGUAAAUCCAAAGCAUCUCCAUUUUAUUAAGCACUUUAGGUGAUUCUUAUCAUAUUAAAGUUUGGAAAACACUACCCUAGGGUUUACUCACUGUACCCCUUCUUAUUAAAGUUCAGUUAUUCAUUCAAUAAGCAUUCAUGUGCCAGGUCCCCUGGGGGCAGGAGAUGGCAAUAGGAGUGUGAUAAGUAAUCAAGUUGCUUACAGCCAAAUAAUUACAAUAAAAUGAGGCAAGUGCUAUACUAGAAAAAAUACAAAAUACAUUAAAGCAUAGAGGAGGAGUCUGUGGGAAUUGGAGGCAGCUUCAUAGAUGAUAUUUGAGCUGCUUUCAGGCACAGAGAAGGUACUGCAGGGUAUUGGCAUGUGAAAAUAGAUGAUCCGCUCUGGAAGAAGAAACUCUGUGUGGCUGGAGCAUAGGGAAGAGAGAGGCAUGGGCUGGGGCGAGGCUAUGAGGAGCCUUCUACACAUGCUGAGCAGUUUAAGUUUAGUUCUACAGAAAGUGGGAACCAGAGGAAGUUUUUAAAUAUUAAAUGAUAGAAUGAUAUUUGAGUUAUGAAGCAAUAUUCCUGGAGGCAGUUUGGAGGCAGGAGAUAAGAACAGAGUCUUCUGCAGUGGCGAGGGGUGAGGAAGCUAAAUGAGGAUGAUGGCAGCUGGGGUCUCUGAGGUGGAGUAACAGACGAUGAGAUUACAGGAGGGAAGGAGGAGGUGGGAAGCUGACCAUGUCUGAUAAAGGCUAGUCUGAGUCAAGAACCUCAUCCAGGGAAGGCAUUUUCAAUAGCCAGAUAACUCUUCCAGCUCAGAAUCUGAAAGCAGACCUGAUACUUGAGCUUAUGAGCAAAUCCUAGUGUCUGGGCCCAUUAGCAAUAGUUUCUACUGUGCUAGAGAAUAAGUUUAAAGAUAUUUGUUAAGUGAAAAACAUCACCCAUAAAUAUAUGAUUAAAUGAUUCCAUUUAUGUUU